CGUGUCGGGAUUGGAAUGUUACGGACUAACAAUCGGGACGCCCGAGCACUCGGUAAUUGGACCCUACGAACGCGGAACCCCGUCUUUUUGAACGUUUCCUCCGCCCGGUGUGCGGUUGAGCGUCGGUCCGUCCGUCCGCCCGCCUCGCGACGACCGGAUAAACUUGGCGGGCGCCGAUGUGUUUUUUCACGUUACAUCGGAGCGCGCGAGGGCAGCGUGCGCGGAGGUAGUGACAAAUAAGAAGAGCAAUGCAGGGAUUCGUCAGGUUACAGUUGUACCGCUGAGCUGCUUCGUCGCUUCCCCCCCCCCCCCCCGGCUUCGCUCUUCUGCUUCUUUUUGUUGAGUUGCUUCUCUUCACACGGGACCAUAGGGAGGUAAAAGGGGGUGGGUUGGUGGGGGGAGGACGAAUUCAGCCGGCGGCAUUUGGACUAUCGCACACACACACACACACACACACACACACACACACACACACACACACACACACACACACGCGCCGACGGGGUCUUCACGCGCUGUCCGCCCGGGUCCGGGCAGCACGGAGCUCGCUUCUGCCUCUUUUUCCUUCGCCGGGCACCUCAAGCCCCUCCGUCGGCACGACACGAGACAUGGUGGAACUCUGUAGUAAAGGGAGAACAGGACGAUACUUUUAACAACCCUCCCUCCCCCCUCCCCCCCAAAAUCGCCCACAUGCACUGGAUCAAUUGCUGGAUUUGGGAACCGAAUACGCAGACGGGGGGUUGGGGAUCCGUGGAGGCUGCCGGAGGAUGGAGCGGUGCAGCCGGGGUUGGUGAGAGCCUAACUUCGGGCCACUUUACAUUUUUUAUUCCUAAACAACUCGUCCCAGUUGCCAGGACACAUGCAGGCCAAAAAACGCUACCUGAUCCUGCUCUCCGCCGGCGCGUGCCUCGCGCUGCUCUCCUACCUCGGAGGGGUUCAACUUCCAGCGGCGAGCAGGAGCCGGCAUGACCGCGGCCGAAACGGGUACCGGCCCGACCAGCCCUGGCCCCACUUCUCGGACCCGUUACACCUCUUCCUGCCGUGGGAUCAGACGGACACCGAGGAGUACAACGUGCACAUAUCGCCGAGGCAGAAGCGGGACGUCAACACGAGUGUUUACAGGGGCAAGCGGUGCCGCGUGGACUCCUGCUUUGAUUUCGCUCCGUGUCAGAAGAACGGCUUCAAAGUUUACGUUUACCCGCAGCAGAAGGGGGAGAAGAUCUCCGAGAGCUACCAGAAUAUUUUAGCGACCAUCGAGGGCUCCCGGUUUUACACCUCGGACCCCGGACAAGCGUGUCUGUUCAUCCUGAGCCUGGACACCCUGGACCGGGACCAGCUGUCCCCGCAGUACGUCCACAACCUCAAGACCAAGGUGCAGAACCUGCCCCUGUGGAACGACGGCAGGAACCACCUCAUAUUCAACCUGUACUCGGGGACGUGGCCGGACUACACGGAAGACCUGGGCUUCGACAUCGGCCAGGCCAUGUUGGCCAAAGCCAGCAUCAGCACCGAGAACUUCCGGCCCAGCUUCGACGUGUCCAUCCCGCUGUUCUCCAAGGAGCACCCGCGCACCGGCGGCGAGCGCGGCUUCCUCAAGUACAACUCCAUCCCGCCGUUCCGAAAGUACGCGCUGGUGUUCAAGGGGAAGCGCUACCUGACGGGCAUCGGCUCGGACACCCGGAACGCCCUGCACCACGUGCACAACGCGGAGGACGUGGUGCUGCUCACCACCUGCAAGCACGGCAAAGACUGGCAGAGGCACAAGGACGCGCGCUGCGACACGGACAACGCGGAGUACGACAAGUACGACUACAAGGAGAUGCUCCACAACUCCACCUUCUGCUUGGUGCCCCGCGGCAGGCGACUGGGCUCCUUCCGCUUUCUCGAGGCGCUGCAGGCUGCAUGCGUGCCAGUGAUGCUGAGUAACGGUUGGGAGCUGCCUUUCUCCGAGAUCAUCGACUGGAACACGGCGGCGGUUAUCGGCGACGAGAGGCUUCUGCUGCAGAUCCCGACCACGGUGCGCUCCAUCCACCAGGAUAAGAUCUUGUCCCUCAGGCAGCAGACUCAGUUCCUGUGGGAGGCCUACUUCUCGUCCGUGGAAAAGAUAGUGCUGACCACGCUAGAGAUCAUCCAGGACCGCGUGUUGGAGCACGGCUCCAGGAGCAGCCUCAUGUGGAACAGCCACCCUGGGGGGCUCUUCGCCCUGCCGCAGUACUCCGGGUACCUGGGAGACUUCCCCUUCUACUACGCGACUCUGGGUAUCAAACCCCACCCCAAGUUCACAGCGGUCAUCCAUGCCGUCUCGCCUCUGGUGUCCCAGUCCCAGCCCAUACUCAAGCUCCUGGUAGCUGUGGCCAAGUCUCAGUACUGUACACAGAUCAUCGUCCUGUGGAACUGUGACAAGCCCCUCCCAGCCAAGCACCGCUGGCCCGCCACCUCAGUCCCCGUCAUCGUCAUCGAGGGGGAGAACAAGGUGAUGAGCAGCCGCUUCUUGCCCUACGAGACCAUCUCCACCGACGCCGUGCUCAGCCUGGAUGAGGACACGGUGCUGUCCACCACAGAGGUGGACUUUGCCUUCACGGUGUGGCAGAGCUUCCCGGAGCGGAUCGUGGGCUACCCGGCUCGCAGCCACUUCUGGGACAGCAACAAGGAGCGCUGGGGCUACACCUCCAAAUGGACCAACGACUACUCCAUGGUGCUGACGGGGGCCGCCAUCUACCACCGGUAUUACCAUCACCUGUACACCAACUACUUGCCCACGAGUCUGAAAGGGAUGGUGGACCAGCUGAUGAACUGUGAGGACAUACUGAUGAACUUCCUGGUCUCUGCUGUCACCAAGCUGCCCCCCAUCAAGGUCACCCAGAAGAAACAGUACAAGGAGACCAUGAUGGGACAGUCUUCCAGAGCCUCCCGCUGGGCCGAUCCCGACCACUUCGCCCAGCGGCAAACCUGCAUGAACAAGUUCGCCAGCUGGUUUGGCGCCAUGCCGCUGGUCCACUCCCGGAUGAGACUGGACCCCAUCCUGUUCAAGGACCAGGUCUCCAUCCUCCGCAAGAAAUACAGGGACAUCGAGAGGCUCUGACAGGACCCCACGCGGGGGGAGGCGCAGGAGAGAGACCCUGUGGAGGGCAGGAGGACGAGCAGGACCCCGGCGGGGCGCUGACCCCCCGCCCGGCGCAUCGGCCAAUAGGAAACGAGCAGAUGGCGCUUGGACAAAAACACAAAACGACAAGCGCAAACACAGACGGGCGGACGCGGCCAUCCGUGUUUCACGAAUGUGAGAAAGACGCCACCGACGGGCAGAACUCGGAUAGAGUAUUUUUUUGUACAACGUGGACAGGGACGACACACGUGCAGGACGCUAGAAGAGGGAAGGCGUCCAAGAUCGCGACCCCCAACCCCGCCAUGAAUCCCACUGGUCGCCCCUAGCAACAACCCCCAGCCACCCCCCCUUUCACGCUGCAUCAGGAUGUAACACGGAACUACCAAAACCCCUGCUUUAUAGCCCGGGACACCCUGUUCUUUGGCUGAUUUCAUCACACCCCUGGUACUGAGGGGUUUAUUAUUUCCCUUCUCAAGGCAAAAGAGGUCAAAGUAGUUUCCAAGCUGUCGUUAUUACAAAGACGCCGUUAUCUGUUAAAAUUCUUGAGUAUCAACGCACAUCCGUGAGCCUGAAAGCAUCCUGUCCUUCCUUUCCUCGGUUCCUUCCUCGACGUGCUGAUACGGCUUUUAUUACGGUCCAUCUGGUCCCUGUAAUCACUCAGAUGAGUUAGAAAAACAUUACAUUUCACGUCCCAUUUUCCUGUCACACCGGCCAAGACAGUUGUACUUUUUUCCUCAUCUUACUUUCAUCUUUUAUUUUCCCCUUUAAACUUUCCAUACUUUCCCUCGUGUGUGUGUGUGUGUGUGUGUGUGUGUGUGUGUGUGUGUGUGUGUGUGUGUGUGUGUGUGUGUGUGUGUGUGUGUGUGUGUGUGUGUGUGUGUGUGUGUGUGUGUGUGUGUGUGUGUGUGUGUGCUGUGUGUAAAGAACCUUGAAAAGUUGGCUCAUCCAACCAUAAGCUCAGGCGGAGUACAUUUUCCCUGAAAUGAACAUUUGAGGAGGAAAUGGAGCAGAACGUUGCAUUCUAACCCCGACUCGUUGUGCCCGUUCAUUUCUCCCUGCGACGCCCUGCAGCAGCGUCCUGGCAGCGAGGAAAUGAGAUGAAAUGAAAUGUGUGUCCAUAGCAGGUCUUUAGUGACCAGCGUCCAGCACCAUUUCGCAGGAGAGAGCAUCCGUGGCGUUGUGACAUCAGGGUCAGGGAAGUUCUUUUUUUUAUUGCACAUCACGUUGCCUCCAUCAGUCCGUGAUGCCUGGACGCUCCCGCGGUGAAUUAUUCUGGUCGUCAGUGCAGUGCGGCUCUCCUGCCACAGCGAUUUAUUUAUUUUAUUUCCCUCCCUGACAUAUUGGAGGACCUCAGAGCCAUUAAAUUGACAAAAGCUCCUCUCUCCCAUUUGUGGAGGCAGAGAUGCGUUCGGGCUUCAAUUAGGUUGUUCUAUUUCAUUUGGAGUGCUGUUUUAUUCCCGGGAGACAAGCUGUCGACGGCUCCCUACAUUAUGGACCAUUGUGUUGUGAAAGCAGUGACCCACAAACACGACCUUCUAGCUGAUGCUCUAAAACAGCCCCCCCCCCCCUCGAUUGUCCCUCAGUCAAAGUGGCCGUCAAAGCGCCUGACCUUUAGCACCUUGUUUUACCUCGUUGGUAUUUGACAACCACGUGGAAGGAGGGCUGUUGUCUUUGGGUCUGCGCAGCACGCCUUUAGUGGCCUUUGUGUCCAUUAGUAAUUCAGCAUUAUGCCUCAGCCAAAAGUGUGUGUGUGUGUGUGUGUGUGCGUGUGCGCGCGUCGGAUCUGUUGAUGAAUAGUCGUCUUUGUUAAUUGUCUUUUCCACAUUAUCAUUUACCGUUUUAGUAUUUUUUUCAUUGAUUUGCUUCUACAAAUAGUUGACACACACGUUUGUUGCCUUGUUUCGUGCUCUGAAGCUCUUCUGUCGUGGCACGUAUCAAAGGGAGCUGGACGAUCAAGUUUGUGUGUUUGUCCCCUCCCAUCAUUGCUUUGGGUAUCAUGCUUGUGUUUACGUCGUGGGGCUUCAGGUUUGGAGUGUUAUUGUUUGCCGGGAGAGAUUCAUGAUGCUUUAAUGUGGAGUCACAGCAGCAUCAACGUUCAUCAGCUGUGCUCCUCACUCCGUGUGCAUCUGGUCCCUGGUUCAUGUCCACAGAAACAUAUUGUCUGAAUUCAAUAUCAAGGCUUUUAGCCCAAGCGCGUGUGUGUGUGCGUGUGUGUGUGCGUGGAUCAUCUCGAGAGAACCACCUCCCCCACAUUCGCUGAUCCUUCCAUUUCAAAUCCUGGCGACUCUCAGCACUGUACAUAGGCAUAUAUUUAUUUUGUGAGAAAGAAGAAACAACAGGCGCAGUGUACAAGGCGGGAGAACAUAAGAGGGGAGCUAAUGGUAUUUAUUCAGUUUAUUUUCAGCACGUUGUGCACAUUAAUCCACAAAGAUGCCGAUUUACAGCUCACGUUUUGCUUUUCUGGGGGAACCCGUCUCGCUCUUACGCCGACAGAAGUCCCCACCAGAGAUGGAAGAUGUUGGGAGACAUAAAGUUCAGUGUGAACUCUUGCAGCUCGCAUACACCGGUGAUCUAGAAUUGGAUUGGGACGCACAAUCCCGGCUCUCUGCAGGAGUCAAAUUGCAAAGUCCCAAUAAAGACCACAGCAACUGACUCACAGGAAAAUCAUAAGCAGAUGGGUCCUCUGGACCAGAUGGAAACAUUUUCUGAUUCAGUUGUAUCAUCUUCCCCCCCCCAAAAUGCAUUAGAAUGAUGGAUGUGAGGCUGUGACACAGUUCUUUCUGAAGCUUGGUUUCAGGUCCGAUAACUUGGCAGGAGAACCUCGCGCCACCUCUCAAUGCGUCAGAGCCCAGAACCUAAGAGUGUGAUGAAUGGGGAAAACCUCUGCAUCCGCUUCUAAGAGGCCCCCUGUUUGAUCAGAGGGGGCCAUUAUGCAAGUAUUCAUGUUGUGCUUUGAAACAGAUGGAAGGAGGUUUACCCAAAAUGUGCCGUUUGGUUUGGUGUUUAUAGUCAGCUGGAGACUCGCCUGUUCUUGCUUUGUGCCUUUUUAUCAACAUGUGACUUCCUGACAUGCCGAGCACAGUCUGUCCCAGACUUGUUGAUUCCAGUAGACGGGCAGGAGGGGCCCCUGAAUGGGGGGGGGCCCCGACGGCCCUGCCUUUCAUACACUGGAGGAGUCACCGCUUCCAUUUCCCGUAUUAAAGCGCCGCGCUCUCAUCUUGGUGUUUACGACCACUUCCUGUCUGGGAUUAUUUAUCAGUGAAUCGGCCGCAUGGCUUUACCAAUCAGUCCGUUGAUCCGUUGUCCCGACGCCUUCUCCUCCCUCCUACCUUGUAAUUAACAGAAGACUUUUAUAGAGGUCACAAAUGAAAUAGAUAAAUGCCAAUUUUGUAAGAAUGAUUUAUAAAAAAAAAAUAAACUCAUAUUUGAUGAUAACUUUUUCGCCAUGUCCCAUUUUUAUAAUAGGCUGUUUAAAUCUGUCUCAAAAUAUAAAGCACAUUAUACAGAAGUGUAAUAUGGUUUAAGCUAAUGAUUUUUUCCUUCCGAACCUGCAUUGUGUAAAGACCCGCCCUACUGAGCCUGUGAUUGGCUGGUGUGGGCUUUGUGUGUUUUGGAGGAACGUGAUCGUGCACCUCCGGGAAGGACAGCCCUCAGUCAUAAGAACAGCUUUCGGAGCUCCAUCGUUAGCUGAAGCUUUUAAAGAAGAAGAUUGAGAUGACACGGAUGAAGAGCUGUUACUCAAACCUCCUCUUCCUCGCCCCAAAUCACAUCAAAGAAGCUGUGGGAGACAGUGACUUCUUCAUCAAAAUCACUUCAUUAAAGUUCUGCAUCCUGGACUUCACCUGAAUCAUAUUUAACUCUAUUCAGAAACUCACAUCACGUGACUGUUGCAGAUUGCCUUCAAUUCAAAGUAAACGGAUUUAAAACAACA